AUGGCAUUGGACUCAACCAGCAAGGGAGAUUUCUCCACUAACACCGCAAACGAAGCCAAUGCACUGAUAGAGAACCUUGCAGCCAGCAAUAGCAAUCACGGCACUGACUAUGACCGUACUGUUUGGGUCAAUGCGGUCGAGACUGAUGCUAUUAAAGAUCUCACGGCCAAGGGGAAUCUCCUGCUGAAAAGGGAUCACCAAGUGGUUAACAUGUGCGAGGAACAAGCUGGGGGAUAUGCAGACUUUGGAGCUGAGACAUACCAGGAGGGUAAGGAGGAAGUAAACUAUAUGGGAGGACAAGGGAACUUCCAAAAUCGAGGUUUUAACCAGAAUUUUAGGAAUCAUCCUCAUCUGUCCUACAGGAGCAACAAUGUCGAGAACCCCCAGGAUCAGAAACCUCAGGUCAACAACUUCGCGCAAGGGUAUCAACCGGUUGCACCGCAGGCAGCAGUCUCACAGGAGAGCAAACUGGAACAGAUGAUGCAUGCUCUGAUGGAGAACCAGAAGAAAAACACCACUGAGGUGACUGUCAAGAUCGACAACAUGUACUCUGAGCUGAAUGGGAGAAUUGAAUCGUUAAAUUCUCACAUGAGAGUGUUGGAGAACCAAGUGGCACAAUCCGCAGCUAGAGUCAAGGCACCUCCAGGGAUACUUCCAGGGAAGAACGAGGCUAAUCCAAAAGAGUAUGUUAAUGCCGUCACCCUUCAAAGCGGCAAGGAGCUUCUGGAACCGCAACAGAAAGCAGGGAAUGACCAAUCCAGCGGCGGGACUGACCAGUCUAAAACACAAAAUCAGGAAGGUAACCAUGACGAAGUUCUCAACAACAUUACUGAUGAUGUUGUAAAACAUGGAUCAACAGUUCCUGAAGAAAAACAACCCAGCGGACCACAACAACCCUAUGCACCCAGACUACCUUUACCUACUCGCCGCAAGUCAAAGAUUCAAGAGCGAGAGUAUAAGAAGCUGAAGUCAGUAGUAGGAGAGGUUCAAGUUAGACUCCCUUUCAUCGAAGCAGUAAGGAUGGUUCCAGCUCUUAAGAAGUAUAUGAAAGAGAUUCUAACAGACAAGCUCAGUCUGGAGAAGGGAGUGAUGUACCUCACACAAGAGUGCAGUUUUAUGCUCCAAAAUCGAAUGCCUGAUAAAUGUGGGGAUCCGGGACCAUUUACCUUGCCUUGCACGAUAGGAGAUCUCAAGUUCAUCAAAUGCCUCUACGACCUAGGAGCGAGCGUGAGCCUUAUGCCACUCAGUGUUGCGACGAGACUUGGACUCUACACCUUCAAACCGACCCAAGUCACCCUCGUCCUAGCUGAUCGUUCCACUCGACGUCCAUAA